GCCGUCACUCCGUCAGUCGAGUCGCCGACGGCGAGCCCGAUGCUUGCGUGAAUGAUCUUCGUUCGGCGGCGUGCGUUUUCGCGAAAAAAAACAUAACUAAAUAUUCCUCACGUGCGUUACAAGCUCGAGUGCGCGAGUAUCGCGUCUUUUCUCGGUGUCGUUCAGUGAGUUUUAGCUUAGUAAAAAGCGAACCAAUGAAAAAUUAAAGAAACGUUUGUUGUGCCGGAUACGCUGAAAAACUUUAACGACGAAGAAAAAACCCGUUUCCGCCUCCGCUCAGAGCCACCGUGUGACGAAAUUUGACAGCUGAUUGAACGCGGCGGGAGGCACUGAUUGGUGGGAGGAUUUGGCAGGAGCGAAGGAAGCAACAACGGGUGGAAUGGGUAUACCGGCGCCUCGGACGCUUCGAGUCGAGUAUGCGAGGAGACGGGGUAGCGACGAAGGGACCGAUCCGCGAGAGCACCGGUGCCCACCCCUCCUCAUCGCUCUUCACCGUCAUACUCCUCCCGCUGUUGUAGAUGACGAAAACUGUCGGAAGCUAAGCUUUUCCGAGGCAUGACUCAUCCGGGCGAGCGCCGAUCGAGCAGCUGACGACACGCUAGUGCGACAAUGAAGACGUCUGAGCCACUAUCGGCAGGCGGCAGUCCGGCGCUGCUUCACCGUUCUCUCCUCACCUCGCACUUUGUGUUACGUUCCACGACCCUCGAGCAGGACGCGGAGGCUCGGGGGCCCCCGAGCCCCCCAUCCUCUUGCUACACGACCUCCGCGGCUGUUCGCUUUCACACCCUCGAUAUGGACCAAAAGUCACUCAGGUACAGCGGGUCCGGUGGGCGACUGACGGCACCGAGAAUGUCGCUUCUGGGACGCCCGAUAAACUACAGGGCAACGCGUCGGGACGCUCGCUAUCGGAGGAUUCAGACGAGCUUCUAUAAUUUUCUUGAACGACCCCGAGGCGUUUACGCCAUCAGUUACCACAUGAUCGUAUUUUGUAUGGUCUUUACGUGCUUGGUACUCUCGGUGUUCAGUACGAUCGACGAGUACGAGAAAGAAGCCGGGCUGCUGCUCUACUACAUGGAACUCGUCGUCGUCGUUUGGUUUAGCCUCGAAUUUUGUUUCAGACUCUGGUCUUCCGGGUGUCGAUCGCGUUACCAGACGGCCGUUGGUCGACUCAAGUUCCUGCGGAGGCCGUUCUGCAUAAUAGACGUAAUAACGAUCCUGGCGAGCAUCGUGGUCCUGGCGAUGAGAAGCAGCGGCCAAGUGUUCGCGGCGAGCGCUCUUCGGGGGCUUCGCUUCUUCCAGAUUCUUCGCAUGGUCAGGAUGGACCGUCGGGGCGGAACGUGGAAACUGCUCGGGAGCGUCGUCUACGCCCAUCGUCAGGAACUCAUCACGACUCUGUACAUCGGAUUCCUCGGUCUCAUAUUCGCGAGCUUCCUGGUUUACCUCGCGGAGAGGGACGACGAGCACUUCAAUAACUUCGCGAAGGCCCUCUGGUGGGGCGUGAUCACACUCUGCACCGUUGGAUACGGGGACGCGGUGCCGAAAACCUGGCAGGGCAAGGUCAUCGCUUCCUUCUGCGCUCUCCUCGGAAUAUCUUUUUUCGCUCUACCAGCGGGGAUUCUUGGCUCCGGAUUCGCCCUCAAGGUCCAACAGCAACAGAGGCAAAAGCACAUGAUCCGCAGACGACAGCCAGCGGCCAGCCUCAUUCAAGCGCUCUGGCGAUGUUACGCCGCCGACGAGCACAGCCUCAGCGUAGCUACGUGGAAAAUCCACCAGAUCCCACUCUCCAGCCCGCCGAGUCGCGCCUCUUCCAGCUUCAAGCACAACGCCUCUUUCGUUAGUCGGUUGCCAACCAUAAGACGCCACAAAAGUACCUCGCUCCACAGCCCGAGCGCCCACAAAAUGACCCAUCAAAAUUACCACCGUCCCGCUGCCUCCAGGGCCGGCUUCGCCGAUCUCAUUGCUUCGGCCGAAAAUUUAGGUGGAUCGAACAACAACCACGGCAAUUGCAACGACGUCAACGACACGACGGCGAUAGCAACGAAGAAUUUAAACGCUAGUUAUUCGGAGGAUUCCGUCGCGGAGACAGCCUUGUCGAAAAAAAAUUCCGACGACGAGGACGAAGAGCCCCGAUGUGUUCACCUCACUACCAAACACAAAACGGCAAUCAGAGCUAUUCGGAAGAUGAAGUACUUCGUGGCAAGACGCAAAUUCAAAGAGGCUCUCAAGCCGUAUGACGUUAAAGACGUGAUCGAGCAGUACAGCGCGGGCCACGUCGACCUCAUCAGCCGGGUCAAAAAUAUACAAAAUAGAUUAGAUCAAAUACUGGGUAAACAAGGCUCAAAGGCGAGAGACGUUUACGCAUCGAAAGUCAGUCUCGCGUCGAGGGUCGUGAAAGUCGAGAGGCAGGUCGGAGACAUCGAGACCAAAUUGGACCAACUUAUACAAUUAUACAUGGAGGAUCGUAAGAGAGUGUUGACGUUGCCUCUGGCCUGCUGCAACGACGAGAGCGGCGUCGACGCCGCCGGAAACGACGAGGACGAGGAUCCGGACGAGGCGAGGAGCAUGGGAGUGGCUCAAAGUUCGACGAGCAACGAAGACGCUACGAGCUGUGCCGCGACGACGACCGUGCUCAAGCCGAUCCUCGUCGACAAACAACUGUCCGAGCCGAGUUCACCGACCUCCAAAAGUUGCCGGGACGUCAAAUCCUCCAAGCCGAGACAAAUCCAUCGGGGCCAUUCGGACCUGGGGAGUCGAGUGAAGAAAAGAGUCACUCUCAGCUCCGUAUGCCCCCAAAUGGUUAAUCUCGACGAGAUUACUUGCCCGAUGGGAAGGAGAAUGAAAUCUGUGACGACCUCACCGAGAGACGACGGCGUCGUCAUCGUGGUGCCGAAUUUUCCCGAUGUCAGACUCCUCGGAUCGUCGGACACCGGACUCGGAAGCACCAACGGCGACAUGCUCGAUAAAUCCGCAGUAACGGUCGAUUGCGAGCCUGAAAAUUCGGCUCUUUCGAAGGAAGAGGAGACGGAGACGGUCCAGUCGCCGAGGGAGGACGAGGAGACAUCGAGUGAGAAGGUGGCCCUGCUGAGUGCGAUCGAUAGGAUGCGGCCAUCGGUAGCGCCGAGCUCGAGCGGCACAACGACGGUAGCGGCUACGCAUUUAGAUUAUAAAAUAAUCCAAUAGCGAAUGGUUCGGGGGUUUAAUCUUCGGACCGCGUAGCCCCGACGCUGCUUCUAGACUUCUCUUUCUCACUCUCACUUUCUCCCUUUUGCCAAAUUUUUUAUACUUGUAGAGAAGAGUGAAAAAACGAACGAACAACAACAACAACAAACAGAAAAAUAUUGCAACCUCAUCUGGUCGAACUGUGUCGCACAACGACGCGAAACUAGCAAAAAUAUCCACGCGAUAUAAUCCCAAAACCGAAAUGAGACAAAGGCACUCGCACUUGGCUGCAUGCGAUAAAAAAAGCAAGCAGCGAAUGUUCAUUGAAACAGAAGAAAAAGAAAACACUCAAAACGACUCGAGGCAAUAAUGACAAAGCAUUCAAUUAUUAAACCAACAAAUCGACCACUUUGAAUAUAUGAUUAUUCAAUAAAAUUUUGAUAGGAUACAUCUAUAUAUAUAUAUAUAUACAUAAAUAUAUUAUAUACACAGACACAUAGAAACGAUCUAGAAAGACGACAGUAUUUUUUGAUCUAGAAAGACGAUACGGCGCGAGUCGAUCGAGUUUUUCCGUCGGCCGCGAGCGCCCGAUCGGGAAGGCUCGAUGACAAUUGCACCAUUUUUAGGGCACAAGGCUUUCCGCGGGCUUGCUCUAAGCCAUUGAACAUUUUGUAAAUAAACUUGACGAGAUCGAUGGUUAUCCCGCAAAGCCCGUGACAUAUUUGAUACUCGAAAUAUUGAAUACGCUUUUAAAAACAUUGACUAUUUAGUGAUUUAAGUAUAAAAAAAUUUGCCCAGGCACGUGCCAUCUGUCAAAUCGAAAUAGAACGCUGCACCGUUUAUUUGACGUUCGACGUCUCGUUGUCUACCGAAUUAGGCAGCAGCGCUGCGCCAGUCUCUUCAUUUUUACCGCCAAAAAACACUCGAUUGCGACUCAAUAUGUUCGUACGAGCUUCGAUAGACCAAUUCCUUCGACUUCGGAGACAAACAAAGCGAAAGAGCAUUAUUGUAUAAAUACGAAAUCGAUAUAAAUAUUAUAUAUGAACUAUCUAUAUUUAUGAAAAAUUUAAGAAUUAGGAGGAUAAAAAGAUUUUUCUCUACUCAAAGUGUCUUCUCGUUUAACAGUCCAUCACUAACGAAUAAAACGAUUUCAUUGAAAUAAA